AUGAAAAUAUACAUAUAGUCCCCUGUGUUUCAGAAAUUCAUAUUCAAUAACUAGCAACAACGAAACAAAUUGUAAAUGCCAGUCUCCUCAGAUAAAAUUGAGAAACCCUCCCCCAUGUCCAGGUCCCUCACUAUUAAGUAGUACUUAUUUAAAGCAAAUUUAGCAGAAGAAGACAAACUCAAAAUACUGUUGAACCAAGAGGAUUAUCUUUGUCAAUAUCAAGAGAAACCCAAAGGAGCUUUUUCAAAGACACCAUUCAAAAUAAAGCCAUCCCUACAGAUUAAUUUCAAACCAUGAUUAAGGAGAUAUAAGUUGGAAACUCAAUACAGGUUAUAACGAAGUUGGAAUAGGGCCCGUUCAACAAAAAAACCUAUUUGAUUUUAGGCAUAGCAUACAAACAAUUGAAUCAAUUCGAUAAAGCAAGAAGUUGGGUAUCUGACAAUCUUAUCAAAAGUUCAAUAAAUGCCUGUCCGAGUACCCCAACUAUUUGGAUGGCUACAUUCAAUCGGCAGUUUUGGAAUUUAAGGCCUAAAAAUACUAUGAGUCUCUCAAACUCAUUGAACAAGCCUUACUUCAUAGUCCAAAUGAUAAACAGGCUCUCCAAUAUAAAGCAAGAUGCCAUUCAGCCUUAAAGCAACAUCAGAAAGCCUUAGAAAUUUACGAGAAAAUUAACAAUUUAGACUUUAUAGGUCGAUCACGUCAUUGUCUAUCGUUAAUCAAAUGUAAUCACGUUGACUAAGCACUUAUUAAAAUCGACACAAUUCUGUAGCAAGACAGUGAAAACGCCGAAGCCUUGUUACUCAAAGGAAUAAUUUACUUUAAGAAAAGUAAAUAAUAUUACAAUCCAUAGAAAAUUUCAUGGAGUCUUAGAUUUAUAUUGAAUAAGCAAUUCAGAUGUCAACAUCGCAUUAAUUAAGUGCCAAAGCUAUUUCCUACAUUAUUAAGGCCAAAAUAUGUCUAAUGGACUUUUACGAGGCUUAGCUACAUCUAUCCAGAGCAGAUCAAUUAAAAAAGAGUUUUAAAUGUAUAUCUAAGUUAAAACCUUUUGUAAAUGGAACUGUCAAACUAAUGAAAAGAUAAUUUGCACUAGGACUUCAAUUAAUAAGAGAUUUAAAACCAAUAAGUAAAUUCCUUUAGCCCAUUUACUAUAAAUUUCUCGCUUAUGCCUAGUUUUGUACAUCUGAUUAUGUGUCAGCACUGAAAUCGUAUGAAAUGAUCAAUCAAAUUGAAAGAGGAUAGCUCUAUAAUAAAUAUGUGUCUGAAGCUCUAAUUCUAGUAUCAAAAUGUAAAUUAUAUGAAAAUAAUCAGGUUAGUAUGAGCCAUCUAAUAAAUUGCUCGACAAAGCAAUUGAAAUAUUUCCCAAUAAAUUAGAACCAUUUUAUUAUAAGGGCUCAAUUUGUUUGCUUGAUAAAUUAUACAAUGGAGCAUAGGAGUGUGAAUAGUUGUUAGAAUUGGCAUUCAAUAAAUAAGGAAAACAACCCAACUUAUUUUUUGCUAGGGCUUUAAUGAAAUCUUAUAAAAGAAGAUAUACAUCAGCUAUGAAAGAUUUGGAAAAGGCAAUUGAUAAAAGCGAGGACAGCAUUAGUGAUCACUUUUACAUCAGAGGUAUCUUACAUGCUUAAAGUAUGAGAUUGAAGGAAGCUAUAAAGGAUUUUACAACAGCAAUUCACUUUAAUAAGGAGCAUUCAGAAUCUUAUUUAGAAAGAGCCAAGUGUUAUCAGAUAAAGGGAGAGUAAUUAAAAAUAUAAUUAUUAGUACAGCCUAGAGUUUUAGUGAUAUGAAUAAAUAUGUUAAGUACAAUAAUUCAGAUGAGAUUAAUUAUUGGAGUGGAAGUUUGUUAUUUCAUAAUAAUGCCUAUGAAGAAGCUUUAAAAGCAUUUAAUGAUGCCAAAUAAACUAGUUAAAUUCUAAUUUUGAAAUUGAAGUGUGAAAUUAAGUUGCAACAAAUAGACAAAGCGUGUAUAAUUUCGAAUUAAUUAACACAAUAAAAUGUUAGGGAAUCUAAAUUUAAAAUAGAUACUUAAAUGUUAGCAUUCAUCAAAUAAAUUUUGGAUACUUAAUAAAGUAAAAAAUAAUGUGAUUCUGUACAGUUUCCUAAUAUUGAUUAACAUGAAAUAGGGUUAAUAUUUUAGGUUUAAGAUAUUCUGUUAUUCAAAUCGUCAAGUAUGGUUUUUUAGCACAAAUACAGUGAAGCAUUAAUGAUUCUUCAGCAACUGGAAACUUAUUGGAUGAAAUUGCAAAAAGAAAGAUUGAACAGUAUUUCAAGUCAUCAAGAUGCUGAUUCAGAGAAGAGUGAAGAUCUAUCGAAUGAGAUGGUGUUGAAAUCAGAGAGAAUAGUGUAGCAUAUCAUAGGUAUAAAAUACAAUAUGACUGUCAUCUAUUUAUUGGUAAUAUGUUAUAAUUAUGUGGAAUAGUUGUCUCAAUAUGCCAAUGCGAAGAUGAAGGUUGAGGAUAUAAGGGAUUAAGUUGGGAACGUGGUAUCAGAUGAAUUGGAUUAUUUAAAAUUGAUGAUCCAAAACUAAAUAGAUAAGAAAUCUACUCCUGCUUUCGGGAAGGCUAUCUUAACUUUUUUGAUGAAUGAGAAAAGUCUCUUUAAUGGAUUUCCAACAAUUAGGAUACAUUUGCAUGGUUAAGGAAUUUUAGAAUGCAAACUUUCGCUUAAUUUCCCAGAUAUACAACCACCAAAUAUCUGUCCAGAAUUCAAGAAGGAAUUUCUGUUCAUGAUCAAAGUAAUUGCAUCUGAUUCAAACUUAGCCUAACCUUAUAGAAAACAAGCCUGAGGCACCUUGGUUACAGAGGACAUAAUAACAAAUACUUGUUUUUACUUAGAAUCAAUUGAAUGAUGAGUUGGAUCUGACGACUGAUGAUGAGGAAGAAACGAAUGAAAAAAGAAAAAAGAAGAGACAGGUUUAAAAUUUGGAGAUCGAUGAAAAAGUACAAAAGCGUUUGGAUUAGUUGAUGAAGAAAUUAUGA